ACGCCCCUAACACACUAACACUCAGUCACUGAGGCUCAGAGAGAGUGUGACAGGGUUAGUGUGUUAGAGCGAGUGAGAGAAAGAAGAGAGAGAGAGAGUUGUAGUGUGUGAGAGUGAGCGUGAGAGCUGUUCUUAGUCGAUCUGUGGCUGUGAUUUCAGCGAACUUUUAUCUUUCCUUCAUCUUCAAAUCUCUUUAUACUUUUACCAUGGGGCCUUCACUGGAAGUGAAGACAUAGUGUUUUGGGUUGAGGAGCACCAGCAGAGCAGAAGAGAUGGAGGCCAAGGAGGAGAUCAGCGACACGGACAGUGGGAUCAUACUGCAUUCAGGACCGGACAGUCCGACCACAGUGAUGAAGGACGUGAGCACACACACUCGCGCUGUGAAGUUAAAGCGGCAGUCUCUGGAGGACAGACUGGAACUGUGUUUACUGGAACUGAAAAAACUCUGUAUCAGAGAGGCUGAACUCACGGGACACUUGUCAUCAGACUACCCUCUGCUGCCAGGAGAGAAACCCCCUCAGAUCAGGCGCCGCAUCGGAGCGGCUUUUAAGCUGGAUGAGCAGAGCAUCCUGCACCGUGGAGGAGAGGACUCGGAGCUGCGCUCUGUGGAGGCUAAGCUGGCACUGCAGCAGCAGAUCCACGUCGCUGCACGCAAACUGUACCAGGAGGAGCAUCUCAGUAAGGCGGUGAGGAAGAGCAGACUGCAGCAGAGCAAGCGUGAGGAACAGAAGCUCAAAGAGCUGCAGGAGGCAGUGUUCCAGCUCCGCCUCGACCACGGGCGCUCCUCUCCGCGCCCGGGCUUGAUCUUGCAGAAACUUCAGGGCACAUCAGACGACAGCUCAUUAUCAGACUCUGCUGUGUUGGACGAAGAGGAGCUAACGAGCCAGUCGUCCCAGGUGUCAUCAGAGCCCCCUCCCACAGUAGACUCACUUCCUGUCCCCCCAGGCACUUCCCAUCGUCCUCUCACACCCACCGGCACCUCGCAACUACUGCAGCUACCUGUGCCCAGCCCCCGCCCGCUACUCACAUUGCCCCUCGAGCCUUUGCACCCCUGCCCCUCCCCCACCAUGGAGCAUGACCCUGCCCCCAUCCAGAACUCCCCUUGGACAGAAUCCAGCCUGGAUCAGCCUUACCAGAAGAAGAAGUCUCGGUCCAGCAGCACCAAAUCUAGUCCUGCUGUUACUCCAACACUGCCUCCACUGAAAGCAUGUUUAGAGGAGGCAGGCAUCACGCUGCAGGUACCCGGGCAUGCCUCACUGAGACACAUACAGUCCAGCAGUGCCCCGUCUACUCCAGAGCUCCAUCUGCGGAGAGGCUAUUCUCUCAGAGUUCCCAACUCUGAGCCACCGAAUGACGUGGAGCUGGACAGGGGUCGUUCGAGGGCACCCAGGAGGCGACUCACCGACGUUUUACCCUCACCGUCACCAGAAUACUCCCCCAUACGCUUAGCCACUCCAAACCCCAUGUACCACGACAGCUCAGAGGACAGUAACUCUGAGCACUCGUCAGCUCCUUCGUACAUGAGCUCACCCUGCCAGGACCAUUCCUUUGAGCUCCAGCGCCAAGCGUGCCAAUCCCACCAAUCCCAUUACAGAUACCAUUACCCCAGCCCUACUGAUCAUUACAUUCCACAGCCCUACAGCCCCCUCAGCCACUACAAAACCCCUCCUCCCCAACUGUCCCCCAACUACUACAGGGGGUACAUGGACGAGGGGCGGAGCCACGACAUGGACAUGAGUAGGAUGUACGUCAGGCCCCAGCCCCCACCUUCCUGCGCCAAUGGACACUACGAGUACUGGUACGAGGAGGCGCCACCACACCCGCUCUACAGGCAAAUCCCUGCUCACGUCAAGCUCUCCAGGGCUCCAUCACUUAGGGAGUACCCCCACCACCCCAGCAGGGGGCUCCCUCGCCAAGUAGUUUCAGAAGAGCUGAAGUCGUGGCACCAACGAAGCCAGUUACGGCCGCCCCGACCACGCUCCUUGGACAGGCAUCGGCAGGGCGCGGUGCGGGUCAGAACCCUGCCUGGACAGGAGUCGCCACUACCUCGUCAACAUGGCUUCCAUGACCCACAGGUACCCCAAAGACGGAUCAUCCAGAGGACGGCUGACGGCACACCGAUCAAAUGGUACGAAGACGACGACGCAGAGAUCGUUAGUCAAGUGUAGCUGAACAGACAUCGCUGCAGAAAUACGGAUAUUUAUGAUUUAUUUAUUGAACCACCAGCUGAACAUGAUGUUGUGAGGAUUAUCUGUGUAGUUGGUCUAAUCUUGAUCUUUUGAUAUCGUUUUUUUUUUUUUUUUUUUUUUUUUUUACGAAUAAUGAACUUUUUUUGGUACUGUUUUAUAAUGAACCUCUGCUGUGAAAGACAAUGCUGUUAAUAGAAUAGAUUUUACUAUCUCAACUUUUUUGUACAACAAAAGAAAAAUAUAUAAUUUCUUACUAAAAUGAGCUUCUAUGUGUCAUCUUACAAUCUGUGUUGCUAAUAAAGCAAAUCAAAUCAAUAAAAUAAAAACAUAGAGAGAUUA